UAAUUUUCCACAAUCACCAUAAAUACAACACUCCAAAUUCCAUAACAUCUCACACUCCAAAUUCCAUUUCUCCAUCUUGUGAAAAACAAUGGCUGCUUCUUCUUCAUCAACCUCUGUGUUGCUUCUGUUUCUUCUCUUUGGCUUUGCUGCUUCAGCUAAAGAUAUCUUGCUUGGAGGAAAGACAGAUGCAUGGAAGGUUCCAUCUUCUGAAUCUGACUCACUUAACAAAUGGGCUCAAAGUGUUCGUUUCCAAGUUGGUGACCAUCUUGUUUGGAAAUAUGAGGCUGGAAAAGACUCUGUUUUGCUAGUGAGCAAAGAUGAUUAUGUUAACUGCAACAUCUCAAACCCAAUAAAAAAGUACAAUGAUGGGCAAACUAAGGUGAGAUUUGAUCAUGCUGGACCAUACUACUUCAUCAGUGGAGAAAAGGGUCAUUGUGAGAAGGGUCAGAAGCUAACUGUGGUGGUUAUGAGUCCAAGGGGAAAAAGUAUCACAGCUACUUCACCUGCACCUUCACCAGCUGAAUUUGAAGGCCCAGCUAUUGCUCCAACCAGUAGUGCAACUGUUUUGCAAAGUGGUGGUGGUGUUUUGAUGGCUAUUGGAGUGAUUGCAAUGUUGGUUUUCUGAUGUGAAUUGUCCCUAUUUUAUUUUGGAUUUUAGGCAUUAUAUUGGUUGGGUUGGUGUUAUUAGGAGACAGUCACACUGAAGUGAUUGUGUUAGUGUUAUUAUUUUUGGUUAUCAUAUCAUUCAAUUUUUAAUAUAAAGAUUAUUAAUAUUGUUAUUAUUAUA